AUGGUCAUGGUUAGAAAGCUGAGACCAUACUCUCAAUCUCACGCGGUGCAAGUAAUGACCAACAAACCUAUCAAGCAGAUCCUGCAUCAACUAAAAACUUCUGCGAGGUUGUUGAAAUGGGCAAUCGAGUUAAGUGAGUUUGAUAUUAAGUUUAGGCCAAGGACGGCUAUUAAGGUGCAAGCUCUAGGAGACUUCAUCCCUGAGCUCACCAUCCCACUUGAGCACCUGCCGGGGGAACAAGCAGAUUGGAAAAUUUUUGUGGAUGGAUCUUCGAACGAUGAGGGAUCCAUGGUGGGGAUCAUAAUAAUAGGACCAAAUGGUGAAGAGUUGGAAUACUCGCUACGUUUCGAAUUUCCAACCACAAAUAAUGAUGCCGAGUACGAGGCGGUGAUCAUGGGUUUAGCAACUAGACUUAGGGUAACUUCAGUAGAAAUUUGCAAUGACUCUCAGUUGAUAGUCGGGCAAGUGACAGAGAAACUCGAAGCAAAAGACGGAAAGAUGGCAGCAUAUUUAAUGGAGGUCAAAAAUUUGCAGAAGGGGUUCGCCAAGUCUAAAAUAACAAAGCAUGCGGUCGAUGUUGUAAAUGUCGAGCAUGGGGAAAGUUGGAUGGACCCAUUGAUUGAAUAUCUCACAAAGGACAAGCUACCAGAAGAUGCUUUCGCGGCAAGAAGGCUAAGGGCUCGGGCAGCCUCUUUCGCUAUCAUCGACGGACUACUUUACAAGCGAGGUUUCACAAUGCCGUAUUUGAAAUGUUUGCGACCUACAGAAGCAUGGGAUGUGCUAGUCAAGAUACAUGCAGGAACUUGUGGCAAUCACCAAAGGGUAAUCGCCCUUGCGUUCAAGGCACUACGACAAGGAUAUUAUUGGCCUAGCAUGAAGGAAGAUGCUAAGGAGUUGGUGAGGAAGUGCGAUGCAUGUCAACGCCAUGGAAAUUUGAUCCACAUUCCAAUCAAGAAGCAGACGACAGUUUUUGGGUGGGCGGAGGCUGAGCCCUUGGCCACCAUCACAACAACAAAGGUGCAAGGUUUCGUCUGGAAAAAUAUAAUGUGUAGGUUUGGCAUACCCAGAGUAGUUAUUACAUAUAAUGGCAAACAAUUCGACAAUCACAAAUUUAGAGCCUUCUGCACAAGCUACCACAUCGAUCACAGGUUAAUUUCAGUCGCUCACCCUCAGUUAAAUGGACAGGCUGAAGUGACCAAUCGAACCAUAUUAUGGGAUCUGAAGACAAGGUUGGAAAAGGAGAAAGGACUUUGGACGGACGAGUUGCCCAAUCUUGACGUUGCAGUCACCAGGGCGGAACUCGACUUACUCGAAGGGGCUAGAGAAAGGGCAGCGAUAAGGAUGUUAGCAUAUAAGCGAAGGGUCGCUGAAUAUUUCAACCGAAGGGCCCCGGAGGUGGCAGAUGAUGAGGGCGCUAAGGAAAGGCUAGCCUAG